AUGUCGACACAAGGUACCCCCGCGGGGCCCUCGAUGCAGCCUCCCACCGCAUCGAAAAAGGCUAGCAAGCCUAGCCGCGGCAGCAACAUGACCAAGGACUGUGUCGUUCUCAUGGGCUCCCCGCCGCAAUUUGUCCUUGGGGCUGGCGAGGAGUUUGGUGGUGCCUCCAAGGUCCGCACCAAAAUCCUCUGCUGGGUUUCUUCGGAUGCGCACCGUUUCCUCGGGUUUAGCCUAUUCUUCCCCCUUGGCGAAGCCCAGCAAAGGAACGAGGAUGAUGGCUAUGGCGUCCACUAUACAGCCAACCGAAGUACGAGCGAUUUCGAUAUCUACCGGGACGACUUCCAAAGACUCACCGUGAUGUUCCCCCGAGACGGAGUCGAUAUUACCUACGAGGAGACGAGCAAAGAGAUCAUGGAUCUCUUGCCUGGCGUGCCAGAUAGGGAUUAUAGUCUCAUCACCGUCAAGCUCAAGGCGGGGAAAAGAGUCCGGGUUGACGGCUAUGGUUGGCCGUAUCGGAAUGCGGACGAGCCCGAGAUGGAGAAGUGGCUGAACCAGGACGAGCCAAUCUUCUCGGGGAUCACGCUUCGUGACUUCUUCAAUGGAGACAGCUUUUCCCUUGUCUUCCCCGAAAGGCUCGAAAUGGCAAAGAAGAAGUUUAACGAGUCCAACCUCCCCGGGCCCUUCAAAUACCCUUACGGCACGGAGCACUCGUACGACCUGGCGCGAUAUGGCCCACUGCUGGACGCGAACAAGGACCCUCGACGCUUCUUGACGGCACUCAGCUUCUAUGACGAGAAUGCGAUGCUCACAGUCCUGACCCAAUCCGUCGUCCAAGAUGCCUUUUGGGUGUACAAGGCUUCAGUGGCUAUCCGAUCGGUCAAAUCCGCUGCCUACUUCAUCCCGAUCGGACCUCGAAACCUCGAUGCCGCCGACAUCAACGACUUCUACGUCGUUGUAUCUCUUCCAAAACAAUUGAAGGCGUCGUACGAGAAGGCCUGGCUGCGGUUGGCCGACGGGCGGAAACCUCUGAAAGUUGAGCUAUACAACGAGCGGGCGGACGGACAAUGUGCCGCGACUUGGGAUUGCCAACUCGUCCACCAUCUCGACAUGGUCCCAGAGUUGGCCGAGCAUCCCAUUCACAAAUGGGAGGUCGUGGUGAAGGUCCGGCGGUCGACUAAGGAGGACGAGCCUUACGUCAACUGCGCAGCCCUAGCUUUCGACGCGGAUAUGAGUGAGGUCAAGCGAAAAGUCAAUUCCCUCUGCACCCUCCAAGCCAGUGCCAAGCCGACCGGUCGUACAAUUUACAAGGACAUGGACUCGGCGAGAGAGCUGCAUAGGGCGAUCUGGCGCGCCACCGGCUUCUGGGAGUACUCCCAGGAGCAUGGACCAGCCACAAAGAAGUGCCUCGACCUCAUCAAGUCCGGAAUUCCCUCGGACUGUGAAGUUCUCCCCAGCGGCCUCCCGGUUCUUGACGUCGUGGGGGAGUGGAAGAACCCGGAGUAUGUCGAUGCUCUCUUCGAGCAGGUUGUCUCGGACGAACGCACUGCGUUCCGGUUUUACAUGACGAAGAGACCCGGAGGCAUCGGCGGUCUCAAUGCUCUACCCGGCUCGGGAAAGACGACGCUUUCGGCGGUAGUGGUCCUGCUGUACCUCUUCACCUUUGGGACGACCCUUUGCUCCGGACCCUCCAACGUCGCCGUCGACAACCUCGCAGAGAGGACGGAUCGCGUCGACCGCGAGACUUGCGACCGGUACAAUAGCAUCGUCCCUCUCACCUGCAAAGAAGACCGAUGCAUCCGCCGCCUGGUCAUCCGCGGGUAUGCGAUGAAGCAGGAACUAGCAGCCUUCAAUCGCCUCCUGGAAGAUCCGGAAGCGCUCGAGGCGCCAGAGCAUGGAUGGAGUCUCGCGUCCAAGUGGAAACUUCCGAAUUCUCUGGCCUUCUGGCUCCUUGUUUGUCUUAACAGCCGCGCUACUCGCGAAAUUCGGACGAUCGACCAGGACGACAACCCGGUCCUCCACGAUAUUCAGGACCUCCUCCAAGACCAGCAAUACGAGUCACUGCGGGACGUCGCCGCCGGUACCAUAACCUGGGAGGAGUACACGGCCGGAGACCCGAUCGAUGAUGACACGAUUCAGGACUUCUUCGUCAACCACCUCAUCCGCCUCGGAGACGUUCUCUGCACGACGCCGGCCCUCACGGAGACCGAGCCCGCCUACCGUAAAUUCAAGCAGCUCAGAACUCAAGCCGUGGUCGUCGAUGAGGCGGGAAACAUGGAACGCGCCGACCUGGCGUGCGUGUGGGGAAACACCGCUUUGCCCUGCUUCGUGGCAGGUGAUCCCCUACAGCUCCCCCCCACGGUCCUCAGCGGAAUGGAGAAGGACGCGCAGGGGAACGUCUGCAACCGCUUCGCGAACGACGGGGCCGUGUCGGCGCUGGAGUGGCUCCAGAAGUCCGGGAUGACUGUGUUCCGUCCCCGUUUCCAAUUCCGCAUGGCGGAGGGUCUCUUUGACUACGUCGGGGAGCUCGUGUAUUCGCACGUCAACUUCACGUACGGACCCAACUGCGGCGUGCAUCUCCCAAAGUUUGCGCCUGGCCGUGCCUUGGAGGCCUUCAUCCAGGCGACCGACUCCCGCGUCACGCCCGCCCCCUCCGGCAAAUUCCUCCCCGCCUUUCUGCAUUGCCCCCGCACGAAGGUGAAAAUGUCGGCCCACAACACGACCUCGAGACUAUCCCCAGACCAGGCCGAGGCGGGGCUCAACUUCAUCCUGGGCUUCCUCAACCACGCCGGGCGGCAGGGCGAGGCCUUAGAGCCCGAAAACAUCACCGUCAUCGCCCCAUACGCCGCGAACGUGCAGUGCAUAAACAAGCUGCUGCGUUCACCCGAAUACGCCGACUUGGCCGGGAUGGCCCCUGCAUCGACGGUGGACUCCUUCCAGGGCCGCGAGGGCGAUAUUGUGGUGCUCAUAAUGGGUACCAACGACAUCACCGGCCCGGGCUUCACCGCCAACGAGAAGCGACUGAACGUGAUGGUGACCCGCCAGCGAUGCGGGCUCGUGAUCGUGGGCGACUUCGGCGUCGUGGGAAGCGUCGAGGGAGGGCCGAGGGAGCGGGUGGUGCGGAUGCACAGGGGCGUCGAUGGCAAGAUAAAGCAGGUGAAUAUGACCAUGCUUUGGAACCUGAUGAACCGACUCUAUGUAGAUGGUCGGGUCAUGCAUCUCCCCGCAGACCACCGCGAGCUCUGGGGGCGUAAGGGCGGAGGCUGGAUGUCUGGUCCCAGUGCUAAACCUAGACUCCACGGCAGGUGGGAGUAG